GCCUGACGUCACGGCUUCGCCAUUUCACAGGGAGAGGAGGCGGCGUGUCUCUCCAUUCUGCCCGUCUUCUGUCGGCUGCCUGCAACGCUAGCGGGCCCUGCCUGCCUCUCUCAACCCCCUCCCCCGCCAGCCUUGCCUGGGAUCCCUACUCUCAUCCGCUCGCGUUUUACAUCUUUCCUUUUUUUUGUAUAUACUUAAUGUUUCAAAUAUUAUUUAAAUAAGACGAAAAAAAACACAUAUAGCACCAACGGAUUUGGAUACGGAGAGAGAGAGAGAAGGGGGCAAUAUACAAAGGAGAAGUGUGCGAGAGAGGCAAAGGGAAGGGGAAAAAUAAGAUAUCCUUUCAUGAUUUAAGAAUUUUAUUUGCAAAAAAAAAAUCGGCCGUGUCGUGCGCUCGCUUUUUUUUUCCGCGUCGAGGCGUCGGUUUGAGAUCUGGCGGCGAAGAUUUCGCAUUCGUCGGAGCGGAGCGUCGGAACGAGAGGAUUUAUAGCGAAUCGCGAAUACAACAGCAGCAGCAGCAUCAGCAGCAGCAUCGGCAGCGCCGUCCGCCAGCAUGGGAUGUACUUUGAGCGCAGAGGAGAGGGCCGCCAUAGAGCGCAGUAAGCAUCUCGAGAAAAUGAUCAAAGAGGAUGGCAUCAGCGCCGCCAAAGACGUCAAGCUGCUUCUGCUCGGUGCUGGAGAAUCUGGAAAAAGCACCAUUGUGAAGCAAAUGAAGAUCAUUCACGAGGAUGGCUUUUCGGGAGAGGACGUGAAGCAGUACAAGCCCGUGGUGUACAGCAACACCAUCCAGUCGCUGGCCGCCAUCGUCCGAGCCAUGGACACCCUUGGCAUCGAGUACGGGGACAAGGAGCGGAGGGCGGACGCCAAGAUGGUGUGCGACGUCGUGAGCCGCAUGGAGGACACGGAGCCAUACUCGCCCGAGCUGCUGGGCGCCAUGAAGCGUCUGUGGAACGACUCGGGCAUGCAGGAGUGCUUUAACCGCGCACGAGAGUACCAGCUCAACGACUCCGCCAAAUACUACCUAGACAGCCUGGACCGUAUCGGGGCGGAGAGCUACCAGCCCACAGAGCAAGACAUCCUGCGGACACGCGUCAAGACCACGGGCAUCGUGGAGACGCACUUCACCUUCAAAAACCUGCACUUCCGGCUUUUUGACGUGGGGGGACAGCGUUCGGAGAGGAAAAAGUGGAUCCACUGCUUUGAGGACGUGACGGCCAUCAUCUUCUGUGUGGCCCUGAGUGGCUACGACCAGGUGCUGCACGAGGACGAGACCACGAAUCGCAUGCAUGAAUCCCUCAUGCUCUUUGAUUCGAUCUGCAACAACAAGUUCUUCAUAGAUACCUCCAUCAUCCUCUUUCUUAACAAGAAGGACCUCUUUGCAGAGAAAAUAAAGAAGUCGGCCCUCGUUAUCUGUUUCCCAGAAUACACAGGUCCAAACACGUUCGAGGAUGCAGCUGCCUACAUCCAGGCCCAGUACGAGAGCAAGAACCGCUCGCCCAACAAGGAGAUCUACUGCCACAUGACGUGCGCCACUGACACCAACAACAUCCAGGUCGUCUUUGACGCCGUCACUGACAUCAUCAUCGCAAACAACCUGCGUGGCUGUGGCCUGUACUAGGCUCUCGCGCCCCCCCCCCCCCCCCCCCCCCCCCAUGUACCGCCCCUUCGUUUUGGUAGAAUUAAUCAGGGAGCCAGAGCCGAUCUCGUCGUAUUCGCCAGAGUCCCGACAGUUGUAUUGCUAAAUCAUUUGCUACACUGUGGACUUACCUAAUGAAGGCCAAUUUUUUAAAAUUGUAGUUUUAUUUUUAAGUUACUCAGAUCUGUGAAUGGAAGUUGUAGCUUGUUUUAUUUGAAUCCACUGACACCGCUCUAUCUCUCAAAAAAAAUACUGUGAAAUUGUGGAAGUAAACUGUAGUUAUUUAAAAAAACGUCAUAUCUCCUUGGCAGUAAACUCCUUUAGGAUGUUGCAGCACCCAAUCAAAAGUUACACUUGUUCGGAUGACGGUUUAUAAUGAAGCUAUUAUCCAAUACGAUUUUAAAACUUCUUAAUGCCAUUUUAAAUCUUGCAAUGUUUUACCACUUGAGUUCCAGUUUCAUUUUCCCGCGCCAAAUAAAAUCGGUAAAAUAACUCAAACUGAAAACAACUUCUUUUCCAAAGUCACGCUUCAAAACAUGCUGAGAUUUCCAAAAAAAGCCUCAACUAUUUCAACAAACAAAAUUGUCGGUUGGUUUCCAAAAAUCUAGGUUGUUGGGCUCAUUCAUUUCGUUGCGUUUUUGCAAAUGAGGCAUUUAACAAAAAAUAAUAAUAAGCACGCAUUUCUGAUAUUCCUAGCAAUUUUUAAGAAAAAAAUGUAUUCCGGUAAUGCUGCCAAAGGUUGACUAAUGCGUGUAAGUCGCCGCUCCUGUAGUUGACACACUGGCUGGGUUUGCAUGUGGCGUAUAUAACAGCAGUGCUCAAAACCCACCCCGUUGCUUUUGUUGCUUCACGCUUUGGCACAGAGGGGUGGCCCCUUUUGGCAGCGACAUCUAAAGUUGGCGAGAUAAAAUAUAUAUAAAAUAACCCCUCUCUCAUUAACUCUUAAAUGAGCACUUUCCUAGAGCGUGCGUCAUCGGUCACAUCAAUUUGCUUUCGUGAGUUCUUCUUUCUUGAUCGGCGCUACCAAAGGGUAGCUGGAUAAUUUGGCUAUAAACUGGCUCACAGAAGGCUCCUCCAAGCCAGAUGGGUGUUGACAAGUGCGCAUAAUUUUUUGAGUGUUCAUGUCCGAGAAUUCUGGUUUCAUCCCACAUUCAAAUCAUCCAGUUAGGAAUCAUUAAACAACAAAUGGUCUCUAUACUCACACAAGGUGCUGCCGGAUAAA